UUACUGUAUUUUUUUUCUUCUUUUGCUGUGGGGGCAGAGAAAGUCUGACUCSCCUCUGUGUGAUGCACGGCAGAAUACAAAUAGGUCGCCGUGAAAAUGUGCUGCAAAUUAUGGGUGACUCAGGGGAACAUGCUGCAGGUCAUGUGUGAAGACAGGAGCAGAGAUGCACACAAGUGCGUGUACAAAGACAUAUGUGUAGUUAGUACCUCAUUAUGAGACAAGCAUGCACCGAGGCGCACCAGUUCACAGAAGCAAUAGUGAACUAACACGCAUCCGCAAACUGUAGCCUAUACCUGCUCAAUCUACCGGUUGAAAUCUCACUUUUUUAUUAGUAUUAUUAUUAUCUGACUUUUUUAUUUUAUUUUAUUUUUUUUAGCUUCGUGUUUUUGGCAAGGCGAUCCCCCAGAAAUGUAGUGGUAGUUUUUUUUUCUGUGGUUGUGAGAUGUGAGUGUUGUGACUGUGGGUGACACAGGAGGUGGACRGAGCGGAGCUGGGGGGCGCUCUGUUCUGCUCAGAGCAGGACGCAGGAGACGGUCGCUCUCCAAGGUUCUGAAAGUCGGGAGCGCUCCCUCCUCAGWCUCGCCUACUGGCGAUUAAUGCAAACCUCAACUGCAAAAUCCUCUAAUGACUGCCUUCAUUCAGAAGUGCUUUGCUCCCCGCUCCCCAUUUUUUUUGCAUAAUCUUUCGUCUAAGUCAUAGUGGAUUUGUGUUUUACAAUGCAACCGCUGGAUGUACGCUCGCAUAUAUACGCAACGAGACCGACAGCCGCUGACCAACCUGCAUCAUUUGGAUAUACUGACUAUACUCUGGAUUCUCAGGGARCGCUAUACGGAGGAUUUUAAGCAGUUUUUUUUKUGUGUGUGUAGCUCUGUGCGUCUGUGCCGCAUGCUGUUGGACGUGAACUGCGAUAUUGUCUCAGAAAGGUGAGUCGGAUGAGGGUAAUGAUGACACAGACCUACUUUUUCGUGAAUGUCACCGUCUUUGCAUUUGGAAAGAGCGAAGAAAAAAAAAGGCUGAUCACUACUUGCUUUCAAACCCAUAAUCCACGAGGAAGGAGGGGAACAAUAGUGUUUCGGGGAGCCUUGUGAAUCUAAUGCGUGGAUGAGAGUGAAGUUUCCAAUGGGCAAGGCGGCUAUCUGAGAUCUGUUCCAGCAAUCCGUGCUCUGGAUUUUCUUGGCUUCACACAAAGAGGAUAUCAAGAUUAUUAUUAUUAUUUUUAGCCACGAACACCUCUUUCGGAUACACGAUGACAGCAGUGAUAACGAUGAUAGCAAUGAUAAAGACCUGGUCGGAUCCGGAGAGAAUCCCCGGAGCUUAGAGAUGACAUCCGCGCAGUCGUGUUGAAUGUGGAUGUUAACGCCGCGGGGAAGGAUGGGCCCUCUCCUCUCGGCCGCCUCCGUCCUCCUCCUGUUUCUCCUCCUGGCCCUGAGCGUCGCGUCUCCGGCCACGGUUGGCAACCCCGAGGAUUACGUCGCCGACGAGGCAGAGCGGACCGCCGCGGAUAACAUCGUCUUUGACGACUACAGGGGGAAGGGGUGYGUCGACGACAGCGGGUUCGUGUACAAGCUCGGGGAGCGUUUCUAUCCGGGACACUCAAACUGCCCGUGCGUGUGCACGGAGGACGGGCCCGUGUGCGACCAGCCCGAGUGCCCGAAACUGCACCCGAAGUGCACGAAAGUAGAGCACAAUGGAUGCUGCCCCGAGUGCAAGGAGGUUAAAAACUUUUGCGAGUACCGAGGGAAAACGUAUAAAAUCCUGGAAGAAUUCAAGCCGUCGCCCUGUGAAUGGUGCCGCUGCGAACCAAAUAACGAGGUACACUGUGUGGUGUCCGACUGCGCCGUCCCAGAGUGUGUCAACCCUGUUUAUGAGCCGGAGCAGUGCUGUCCCAUCUGUAAACAUGGUCCAAAUUGCUUUGCCGGAACGACGAUCAUCCCAGCCGGAAAGGAAGUAAAGGUGGACGACUGCACCAUCUGCCGCUGCCACAACGGAGACUGGUGGAAGCCGGCGCAGUGCUUGCGGCGGGAAUGUCUCAACGGCCAGUCUUCAUAAAGAGAGACUCCACUGCGGAUGGUGAAUAAACUCAGGCGAAGCUCUGCCUACUGCGCCAUUUUAUAUGAUUGACAGGGCAUGAGCACAAUUCCUACAACAAAAAAAACAAAACAAAAAGAGUAAAAAGAAAACCAGAGACAGUGUAGAAUUGAAGAGAUGCUCUCACGAACUUCACACAAAUACAAAAUUUUUUGCCAGUGAGAAGAUAAUGGAACUUGUCUCACGGCUGUUCCCGCCCUGCAGUUUUACUCGGCCUAUAUAUUUUCAAAAGUUGACUCUGCUGCUUUCUCUCAGAAACUUUCUAAGCUUCUUGAACUCUUUCCUAUCCACCGGCAAUGUUGAACUGCUCAUGUCAAGUUUCUGUAUGUAUGUCAUCAGCUUGUUGUUACUAUGUGUUCUUCACGGCCACGCUGGUGUUGUAAAGUUCGAACAGCAAGAAAAAAAAAAAAAAAAGAAGAAAAAAAAAAUUUAAAGCACACUUUACUGAGCUUUUUUAUGUUCUCCUGGUUAUACUAGGAUUACCACUGCAGAUAAGCUUGAGCUCCCCAACUUCCCUCCGAGAGCUUGUUUACAAAAGGCACAUCAACGUUUGUCUUCAUAAGACUUUUUAAAAUCAGUGUGGCUGUUGCUCAUCUCUACCCUGUCAUUGUCAUAUUUCAUAAACCACAAAAAUCCUAACUGUUUUUUUUUUCCUUUAUAAGUAUCCCAUUACUUUGUGCCGUGUCUCUGUGUAAGAGCAGCACAAACUGAGGAGAUCAGCAUUACCACGUGUAGCUGAGGCGCAAGCAAGAUGGCAGCCACUGCAACCCUUUUGAUGAGCAGAAACUACAGCCCUUCCUGACCAACUGGUUUCAUUGUUUGUCUUUUUUUUUUUUUUUUUCUCAGAGGUCCAGAUCCGCCAACUAACUAGCUGCUUGAACUUGUUAUCAAAGCACUUAGUGAGCCAAGAGCAGCCCGCUUUAAUUUUCCUUAAUCAGGAGUAUUCUGUAAUAAAUCAUCCAGCUGGGUGCUUGGCGAAGCCUGCUUGCUGGGCACAUUUAGCACGAACCGGCACACAAAAGGGGGGGGGGGGGAAUCUGCACAUGGUGAAGCGCUUUUAGGCAGCAUUCACAAGUGUGAUGUCCCUGUGACGAUGCAGCCGUGUCAUUCAUCCACCGUCUCAAGACGGUUUGCCGCUCUGCACUCACUGAGGCGCAUAAACCACAUGCAUAAGGCGCGCCGAGAUACAGAGCUCUAAAAUGUAACACUGAUUAUGACACAGAUUUUCACUCCGCUCUCUCUUAAAUGCACCAGAAUGUCUCAGCCAGUGUAGAGCAGCUGUGUGGCCAUCGCAAUAAUAAACAGCAAGGCUAAUAUAUCGAAGCGCCUUACCAAGGCACCAUAAACAUAAAAUCUUUCACUUGAUAAAUACUACUCAUUAAUCCAAAGGUGAUUUUCCGUAUGCUCCCGCCAUUCAUCACAAGGAAUUUUUUUUCCCAGCGUUUCAAGAAAAUCUGUUUCCGUUAACCUUUUAAACCCCAUUCCUGUGCAGUGAUGGAUGAGUUGCUUAAUAGCAGCUUCUAGCCCUCUGUAAUGAGACAGCAAUGAACAGAGGAUUAAAGACCUGUGACUAAAGAGGUAUGUCACCUUAAAAGGCAUUAAAACUAAUUUUAGAAGGAUCCCAAAGUAUGGAUAUCUGCUGCAUGUCUUGAAACUUGAAAUUAGGUAAAGUUCAGUUUUAAAGAGGCUGUUAGGAAUCUUUGAAAUUUAUGUUAAAAGGUUUUAAGCAGUUAAUGUCUUACCAACAGCAAAUAAAUAUCUUUGCAUCGUCAUUUAGUGUAAAUCCAUAUUAUUCAGUCACAGGGACUGAAGUUAACAAGAGACCCAACAUUAAAUUAGAUCACCUUCAUAUAACAAUUCUCAAAAACCUCAUUGCAGUUUAUGUAAUUGUUAUUUUAUGAAGCUUGAAAUUGUUAUCAUCAUCACUCUUGCAUCAUAUGGUUAUUUUCACGAAAGCCAAUAAGUAUUUAUGCAGGAAAUAAAGGAAAGAGAUUGGGUACCACCAAUAAUGUUCCUACAUGAAAUGUAAUGAAACAAAAGUAUUUGUGGUCCGAGUAAUUACCUAAUAGCAAAGUAAGUCCUGUAAAAAGUUAUGUAAAAAUGUUCACUUCUGCUCAUAACCUUAUUUCAAAAAUCCGGGAUUAUCAACUUAAACAGAUAUGAGAUUUUAGGUAAUUUUCUUUGAAGAGAUCAUCAGACUUCCACUGUAAUAGCCCAACAAAAUAUUGCAGUGAUUUUGCUGCAAAAUUAUAAUUCCUCAGUGAAGCUAAGCUAACAGCUCAUCAAACAACCUAUAGUGUCUCAACCUACUGUAAAACAAUAAAAUGUCAUAUUAUGAAGACAAAUAGAGGAACAUUAAAGUUUAAUUAGGUAGAGUCAAUAAAAUUACUGUGCAAUUUUAUUUUAUUGCUUACAAUGUAUUAUACAGUGACUGAUAUCUACAGUCACUGUAUGACAAGCUGUCAAAAAUGGAAUGGAAAAGGGCAAGUUUGAUAUAAAACCCUAGAAUUACUUAACCCACUCCCACAGCAUGAGAACCAACCUAGCUUUAAAAAUACAGCACAGACAACCUACAAUAUGCCAUUAUUUGCACCUCUUAAACAUUUUUCUUGAGGUAAUUAAGUCCUCUGUGAUAUAAAAUUCCUCACAGCUGUACCACAGGGGAUUAAUAUAGUUAUCUAAUCCCAUCAUAUCAAGUUGCACUUAAUGUUUGAUUUUAAGGCAUUGGUUCAGUUGGUCUAUGCAGCAUUUUCCAAUUAUCUUUCUAGCUACACUGUCUCCUUUUGUUCACAGAUGCAGACGUCCCAGGGAAAUUAACUAGCUGGUGAAUAUGCUGUUUCUCUAAAUUUCCAAGUCUAUUGGAGCUUAAGGCAGUGGUUUGUUUCAUGCUAACUUGCUAAUAUAAAGCCUUCACUGAUAUCUACAGUCACUGUAUGACAAGCAUCACCCACUGUCAAGCAUUUUUAACAUUUGAAUCAAAAUGCAGUACAUCAUCUCAAUUUGAAAAACUGGGGAAAAGGCUAAAAUGCUGUCAUUUUGUACAACUGCAUCAAAAAUGGCUAAGAAAACGUAUAACGAGUCUCUUGUGAAACAGUAUAUAGUAAAUAUUCACUAAAAUACCCUAGUGUUGCAUCCUAAGCACAUUACCAAUGUAUUUAAACUGUUCCAUUUCAGGAAUCAGCUAAAGUGGCAGAUUGACUUUUUCUACAAACUCCCACAGCAAUCUGUACGACUUCAGAUAACAAAACUAACACAACUUCACACACCUUUACUUUAAAAAAAAAAAAAAAAACAUACUAUCUAAGAGCAACAACAGAGUUUGCAUCAUUUUCAUCUUUUAGCUGCUUUGAUUUAGUAUCUUUCGUUGUGCACAGACAGAGCUCAUCUAUCUGGCGAGAGGUCUGCAGGCUCAUAAAGCAACGCUGACACGAAUGGUUUAUCAGCUGCGGCCUCUGUGCUCCAGACAUUUCAGAAUUAUGAAAGGAAAUUCAUUCAUCAUAAUAACUUUAAAUGCCAUCUAAUUAUUCAGCUUUUAGAUGUAUCCAAAACAGGGAGGAAAAAGAAAAAAAAAUCCUACGAUUACAGGUCAAAGCCGAGACUGACUGAGCAGAAAGAAAGACAGUUCAAACUGACAGCACCACAUACUGUAUGGACAGGACUCAAAGGCUACGCUGCCACCACAGAUGCCUUAUUGCUACUGUUCCAGAUACGAUUCACAAAGUAUGGCCUUUGGCAAACACACAGACUGAACAGCUCUGGACUUUUCUAAGUGCUGGCUUGUAUCAUUCCUCCGUGCUGUGAUUCACUGUUAGAUUUUACCCCCAAAACUAUUCAUUGUUUUAUCCUCCGACGUUCUAGAAACAGCCAGUGGGUUCAACACGAGUACAAGGACAAGAGCAGUUCAUUCACAGCCGAAACUCAAGAGGAUGGAUCUAAAAAUACACAGGCAUUUGAUAAAGGUAAAAAAAAGGGAGAGAGAGAGAGAGGGAAAGAAAAAGAGAGAGAAGAUGCAAAAGUGGUGGAUAUGAUUUGCACACGAAAGCUACUUGAUCCUUAUUGCAAUGUGACAUUGUAGCUCACUGUAGUGCUUGCUCUCACAAAUGCAUUUCCAACGCCUCUGAAGCGCACAGCUUUUAGCAAACUAAAUUGGAUGAACAAUGGUUUCUCAUUUUCUUGAUUUGGUGAGCUGCUCUCAUUGCUUGAGCUGGAAAGUAGAACGACCGAAGGUGAAGUGGUUGUCAACAGAAAGUAAAACAGCCUAGACUUUAGAUCAAGUGUUGCUGCAAAUGUUGGAGCGGAGUUGUUAUUCAGGUUGCUCUCAGAGAUCAAAUCAAUCAGGAAACUGUACAUUUAUAGCUGCGUUUAUGCUUCGUUGCAGUAGAUUGAAUGCAGGCAUGCAGCAGCGCUGCACUGCUGCAUAUGUCUUUUUAUUUUUUCUUGGUUUGCAUUUGAAGUAAAAUCACUUGUUAAUCAGCAGAUUAUCCCAGUGGCUUUCUUUAGGAAAUUACAUGGUGAAGCAUACAGCCGUAAGGCUUUAGUAAAACAAAAGACACUACCUUACAAAAAAGCAGCACACAUCUGCUGUUCUCCUAGCCUCCCAUUACUAUUCUCCUUGAAAAUGCGUGGAAGGACGGAUCGGCUGCUCUGUCUGUCUUUGUGGACUUUCUUGCAAGAAAGUUGAGUCUUUUUGUACGUUUGCAAAUGUUUUGUUCAAACAAUUCCAUCUGUCCUGUCUUCACACUGCAGGCUUGUACAUCGGCAUUUUGUACAGGUUCCCCCUCUUUUUGCUUUUUCCACGAGACACCGACUUACUGUAGCUGGAAACUGUCAACGAUUGUGUUUUUUUUCCCCCCUCUUAUUAUUUUAUUCAGCAACAAAACUGUUAAAUGAAGUGUGCCUGAAAACCAACACAGAUGUGGUAAAGAAAGAUUAAAACACUGUUACUAUACAAUCAAUUGUAUUAUUUUUUGGGUGGGGGAGGGGGGCAAGCACUAAGGAUUAGUUGACAGUGGACUCAGAUCAUAGGAACAUUUUAACUCACGAGCAUCUCUGAUUGUAUUUGAAUACAUGCUCACACAAGUUCAAUUGAAACUGAAAAACAGAGUCCAAAUUUCACAGCAAUCCUUGGUGCUCCACUAGUUGUUUAUAUGUAAAUAUCUUCAAAAGUAAAAUGUGUAUUCUGAAAUCUCAGCUGGAGAGGAAAAAAAAAAAAAAAUUGUCAUCAGAAAUUACAAAAUAUGUAUUAUUCAUUUAGACAACAAAAUAUUUUGUUAAAUAGACAUAAAAAGAAGUGUUAUUCAAA